AGGAAGUGAGCGCAACUUUGUAAACAUCAGCGGUUUCGGCUAUUGUAGCAGCCGUGCUGCUUUGAGCGAGAGAGCGCUUAAACGCUCACUAACUCGAGUAUUCUAGUUAAACUAUGCGUGACAUCCCACCCAUCAAGUAGUGCAUGAACUUGCAGAUGAGUUUUCACACAGCUGAAGAUGGGUGUGAAGGGCUUACAGUACUUUAUGGAGGCAUGUUGCCCAGACACUUGUGUGCCAGUGGACCUGAAACAGAUGGCAGCCGAUCAUGUCAAAGCCCAUCCGGACAGUACCGCCACAGUAGUAGUGGACGGAAUGGCCUGUUUAAGAUACUGGUAUCGCUGUCAAGCCUGGGUCCAUGGUGGUCAGUGGCAAGAGUAUAUGCAUAUCCUUCAAGAAUUCCUGGAUGCGUUCACGGCUGCAGACAUACGUUUAGUCUUUUUCUUCGACGGAACGGUCGAGGAACAAAAGCGGGCAGAGUGGGUGAAGAGGCGGCUGAGAGUCAACCAAGACAUCGCGAGAAUAUUUCAGCACAUUAAGACUCACGGUCAGCAGCCGAACAGCAGAGACCUUUUCUGCCUUCCCUCCGGACUCGCAACCUUCUCCAGAUUUGCCCUCAAAAGCCUCGGCCAGGAAUCACGGUGCUCUGUCCGCGAAGGAGAUUAUGAGAUUUCCGACUACGCUUUGUCUCACAACUGCAUGGGCAUCCUUGGUCAAGAUACAGACUUUGUUAUCUACAACACCGUUCCAUACCUGUCCAUCAAUAAACUCAAUUUAAACAACAUGACAACAGUGCUGUUCUCCAGAGAGCGGUUAUGCCAUGUUUUGAAGCUUCAUAUGACUGACCUCCCUCUCUUGGCCUGUCUGUUGGGCAAUGACGUCGUGCCUGAGCAGCAAAUGGAGCGUCUCCGCAACAGUGCUUUGGCGUCAUACCGAAUGAAACACAAGCAAGUUCAGGGAGACAAGGUCUAUGCUGUUGCAGACUUCAUUAGCGUGCAUCAUCCCAGCAGUGAGGGAACAUCUGGAGUUUCCUCCCUUUCAUUAGUUGAAGCAGAGAAAGAAGCUUUAGAAAAAGGCAUACGCUUGUAUUUACUUACAGGACAAAUGUCCCCUUGGUUAGAAAGCAGCCGUGCCUUUCCUGAGUCUGUGUGUUUGAUGGGCAAUUAUGUACCUGGUGACAUAUUACAGGCAGCGAUGGAAAAGCACACACAGGCAGAGUGUUUCCUGGUCUAUAAUGUGUUACAUGAUGGGGUCGUGGAGUGCAGUAACACGUUGGAAGAUGAGGAUGAGGUGGAGUUACCCCCGCAGGCCGUCUUAUAUCUUCCUGUCCGAGAACGCAUCUACGGCCUUUUACUGCCAGUGCAGCCAGAUUGUUCUGGUCACACUGUGUCAGUCAAAGAAUGGUUCGUCUUUCCAGGAAAUCCACUUAAGGAGCCAAACAGAGUCACUCCAAAACCCCUCAACCAUCUAAAAGGGCCCCCUGAUCUGAUGGCUCUGUGGUUUAGGACGGACCCAGAAGUGAAAGCAGUCCAAGCAUCAACACUCCUGGAUGUUUUUGAGCUGUAUGAGUUUUCUGAAGAGCUGAAGCACUUUGACAGCCCUUUGAUUGCUGUGAUUUGUCUUGUAACCUACAUCACCAUUCAGGCGAGACAGCUUUCCCUGGAAGACGUAGAUGCAUAUCUAAGCCAAGCUGUUUGUGUCAGAUUCAAAUCCUUCAGAGAAAUGCAACAGCUCAGGACCCCUGUUGUGGACCCUAGGGCCAUCCAGCUCGGCUCUCUCUUUGUUCGGGGUCUGACCUACCUCAUCUCAGCCAACAGUGCUUGUGGUUUCCCUUUCCCGAUGGGUGAGCUCAUGCCGUGGAGGACCUUUGACGGCCUGCUCUUCCAUUCAAAGUAUCUGCAAGCCCACUCAGGCUGUCCAAAAGAGGAGCUCCUUGAAGGAAAUCCCUCUUGGCUGUCUUUGUUCCUGUCCGUCAGAGAGCUGGUGCUGGAAGCCUGCAGGAGGCGCGGCGUCCCCGUCCACAGCCGACCGCGCAGACUACAGCGCAGAGAUGGUGCGCAUCACUGUGAAUUUCCUUUUCCAUUUCAUAUCCAUCACUUUACUUAUUAUCAACUCAUUUUUACAUUGUCUGCACUAGUUUUUGAGGAAAAUGUGUAA